AUGAAAGAACUACCUUUCUCUGGUGUAGAUGAUAGUUUCGAAGCUUCAGUUGACUUAGAACAGGAUGCAGAAGAAACGACUAACUGUGACGAUGGCCUCUCUGAUUUUGUAAAUCAGUUGGAAUACGGCACUUCCAAUAGAGACUUCAGAUUAGCGCACCUGAAUGUGUGUGGUCUAAGGAACAAGAUCGAGGAACUCAGAUGCCUCCAACAACUGUGUAAAUUUGAAAUUCUCGCAAUCACCGAGACACAUCUUGACAAAAAGGUGCCAGAUUCCGAAAUAUUAAUCCCAGGAAUGAAGUUUGUAAGAUUAGAUAGGAAGGGUCGAAAAGGAGGAGGAUGCUUAUUAUAUUAUGGAGAGCAUUUGCAUGCUACUCAUUGUAAAGAUCUUCUCACACAAAACAUCGAAGCAGAGUGGCUGCAAGUCAAAUUCCCAAGUUCUUCAGUGUUGUUUUCAGUAAUCUACAGACCGCCAGACGCUAGUGAAUUCUUUGAUCUUGUCAGUGCCACCUUAGAAAAAGCUUGGCUGAAAUCGUCUAACAUUGUGCUACUAGGGUACUUCAACUGCGACUUUAAGACGGAAUCUGAGCAGUCCGCUAACGCCAGAAAACUACGCUCCAUUUUCGAAACGUUUAAUAUGCAAAAUGUGGUAAAUGCAAACACUAGAGAAACACCAACAACAAGUACCUUGUUAGAUCUAAUUGUUACAACAAGGACUGAUCUUAUGGGCAAGUGUGGUGUUUUCCCUUUGGGAAUUUCAGACCACAAUAUGGUAUACGCAACGAUUAAGUUAAAGAACAAAAGGCCACCACCGAAGUACAUCAAAACAAGAGAUUAUAGGAAACUUGACAUAAAAAAAUUUCAGGCGGACGUUGAAUCCGCGCCUUUCCAUUUUGCGUCAGUCUUCGAAGAGCCAGAUGAUAUCUUAUGGGCAUGGCAAACCUUGUUUAAAGGAAUUUGUGACGAACACGUCGCCCAGAAAGAAGUUAAGAUCAGAAGUAAAUCAGCUCCUUGGAUAACUAACGAAAUCCGCUACAAGAUCAAUAAAAGAUACAAGAUUUUCAAAGCAGCAGUCAGCACAAAAUGUCCUGAAUUAUGGUCAAAAUACAAGAAAGCUAGAAAUGCAGUCACGUCAGCUUUGCGAAGAGCUAAAGCAUCUUAUUUCACCAAUAUGUUCGAAGAAGUAAAGAAAUCUAGUGCCUACUGGAACUUAAUUAACAUAGCUACAAAUCGCUCAGCACGCAACAGAACAAUAGGCCCCCUUAAUAGAACCGACGGCAGCUUUGCUUUAAAGGAUAAGGAAAAAGCACAAAUGAUGAAUGCAUACUUUUCGGAGAUCGGCGAGAACUUAAUUAAAUCACUGCCAGUGCCACCGCAGCCCGCUUCAGUGGAUGCCAGCACGUCACCUUAUAUAUUGUCACCUAAAUUUUCAGCAUCGGAGAGUCUGCAGACGCAGCGAUUGCUUCCUUGA